CAUACGCUGUUGCUACGGUAGGCAAAGUGUCAAGCGAUCCUAUUGGAUGUUAUUUCCUUGUGACAUCACAAUAUUUAUGACGUCUUGACAACAGUUGUAUUUUCAAGAUGACUAACCUGAUAAAUGACUUAAGAAUUUCCUUACUGCGUCUACGAAUGAAAUAUAUGAGUUGCUGUAAGAGUGGAGGUGCAGAUCAAAACACAAAAAAUGCUGUAGUAGUGCAUACAAACAAACACGGAGGUACACUUAGGCUUGGAAAUGGUCCUCUCACUUACACGUUCGGAAAUACGAACCAAUUCCGUUUACCCGGAAAGUAUGCCGGUGUUCAAUGUACGAGCAUGGCCCUAGCAGCAAUUAUACACCAAAAAUCUUACCCUAACUUGACACCUGCUGGAAUAAAUGCUAUAUUAGCUGAAGGAGACAAACUACACACUAGACUACGGUAUGCAAUCACAACAUAUAAAAUAUCGAAUGAAUAUUACAUAUGUAUUUAAAAUACAGGCACAGUU